CGCAGCCGGGCGGCUUCUCCUACGCCCAGCACGGCUGCGGGGCCCUGGGCGACGCCGCCCGCCGCUACCUGGAGGACAUCGCCGUCGUCCACAAGACCACGGCUUUCAGCUACGCCCCGGCCCCCGCCCGCCCCGGCCCCUCCCAGCCCCGACAACCGCAGCUGCCCCCCCCAGGACCCCCCCGCCGGCCCCCACUGGACAGCGGGCGCCCAGGGAGCCCCGGCCGAGGCCGCGGGGGGGCAGGACGAAGAGGAGGAGGAGGAGGAGAAAAACGUGCCGGCGCCCAGGGAGGUGGAGGCAGGCGGGAAGCAGCAGCAGCCCCCCAGCGACACCACGGGUCUCUUUGUGAUGGACGAGGACUCCCCCAGCCAGGACUACGAACCCUUCUUCGAUUCGGACCCGGAGAGCACUGACGACGGCAGCCUGAGCGAGGAGGCGCCCGCCCAGCCCCCGCCCGCCCCCCCCAACCACCAGUACGCCAAGUCACUGCCCGUCUCCGUGCCCGUCUGGGCCUUCCGGCAGGCGGGGCCAGAGCCGCGCUCGUCCGACGAGGAGAAUGCCAAGCACUCGUCCCCGGACCUGGAGAAGAUCGCGGCCAGCAUGCGGGCGCUGGCCCUGCGCGGCUCCGACGGCACCGAGAUGUUCGGGGACCUGCCCCGCCCCCGCCUCAACACCGGGGACCUCCAGAAACUGCAGCGGAAAUAUUGACACCUCCCCUGGCCGGGGGAGGGGCCCCGCCAGCCUGGGGCCCCCCCGCCAGCGCCCCCUCCCUUGGACACUACACCCCCUGACCUGACAGCAGGGCAGGGGGAAUCCCCCCCCCGGCCCCAAACGGGCCUGCGGUGACAGAGGCUCCGUGGGGCCCAGCGAGCCGGUGGAACUACCCGCCACCGCAUCUAAGCUGCUCAUGCUACAGGAUUUGCCGGAAGGUGAUGUGCGGGGGGGGCACACAGGGCUCCCCCUCUCCAUCCCCCACCCCACAGCAGCAGAUGUCGGGGAGCCCCUCCGGUCCCCCCAGCACUACAGCUAAUGAGAGGGGAGCACCCUGCCCACACUACAGGGGACGCUGCCCCCCUCUCCCCCAAGUGUCUUAAUAGGUUGUUUUGUAAGGCCCUGUUUGCACAUGAGCUGUUCCCCCUGGAAAGGGGGGGGCAGCUUCCCCAAACCCCCUCAUGGGGGGGGGGCGGCUCUGCUGUCAGCCUCCAGCAGAGAAUUAUACACCCCCCUGAACUGACACCCUCAUUUUGGGGGGGAACUGCCCCCUCCUUUGAGAGGACAGGCAGGGGC